GGGGGGCGACUUCCGCUUCGCCGAAUGCGUCAAGACCGAGCUGGAGUCCAGGGAGACCAGCUCCAAGCACAAGGACCAAUGGUUCAAUUGGGAUCGUCUGCUGGCCGAGUGCGGCUGGUCGGAGGAGAAUAAGGCCACUCCGACUGGCGAGAG